UCGAGAGUUAAUCAAAAGCGGUCCGUGAACACCCCUGUGUAAAAGUUUGUUCUUAUUUUAAACCGAUCCAUUCAAAAUCAGGAUCCUACUCAUUCUUUCAAUCUUCACUGAAAAACCCUGCAGAAAUUUAGUUAGUAGUUUGUGAGGCGAAAAAUGGCAUUGGGAUUAAUACUUGGAAUAGGGAGGGCAUAUAGAAGGAAACGAACAUCCUCACUCAACAUUCUUACUUCAAAGACAGGACCUCGUGAUUAUUACAAGGGCAAAAACUGUAAACCAAUCGGUUUUCACACACGCAAAGGUGGUUAUGUUGUGCAGCAAGAGAAGUUGCCUAACUAUGUGGUUCCAGAUCUGACUGAUUUUAAGCUGAAGCCGUAUGUUUCCCAAUAUGCUAUCAAUGCUAAUACAACCGAUGCUGGUGCUGGUUCGGGCAAGUGAAGUAGACAUACAGUGAUGAUGGUGUUUGGACUUUCUUUAUUUCGGCACCAUAAAACCACCAGGCUGACUUAAAUAUAGGAUUGUCAUAUGUUCUUAAAACUUAGUCAGAAUUGCAAUUCAGUAUAUCAUUUGAAAAUUCAAGAUUUCCGCUGCUCUGCAUGAAUUAUAGCCAUAUUUUAUGAUAGUUAUGGUUAUUGGUUAA